AUGGCUAACGCGGCAUCAGGAAUGGCUGUGCAUGAUGAUUGCAAGCUCAAAUUUUUGGAACUGAAAGCCAAAAGAACUUUCCGUACCAUUGUCUACAAGAUUGAGGACAAGCAAGUGAUUGUGGAAAAACUCGGUGAGCCUGAGCAUCAUACGAUGACUUUGCAUAAAGUCUUCCGGAAAACGAAUGCCGAUAUGCCAUUUAUGAUUUCGACUUUGUCACUGAGGAGAACUGCCAAAAGAGCAAGAUUUUCUUCAUCGCAUGGUAAAAAUGUUUAUUAA